AUGUUUAGGAGGAAUCAGAGAGUGCAGCAGAAUGGUAAAGGCUUCGAGUGGAGUUGGCAGUUGUCGCCAGUAGAUUCAGUGCCCGCGAAUCAGUUUUAUGUCCAACUGUCUCAGCCAGUACAAGGAGUUCAGUAUGCAUCGAACGCUGGUGUCUUACAAAAUAUAGAACCAAUACCCGACGGCAGCGGCCAAGCAACAGUGGGAUAUAAUCAUGCGGUACCAGUUCAGAUAUAUGAAAGUCCAUCGCUACCUAACAACACUCAGAUAAUACAUAACAGUCAAAGUAACGGAAAUUCAGCGCAUACUCCCGUCGACAUAUAUCUUCUUCAACAGCAAUUCCCUUUGCCAGUGUAUCAAACUGUGCAGGGUAGUUUACCAGGCGAUUUAAUACAUUAUAAUAAUAUAAAACCAAAUUUAUUCAGCUUAAAUACUUUAAACCCAACCGGGUACAAUUUCCAAACUAAUCAUCUAAUAACAAAUAGUCAACAAGCCAUUGAACCACAAAAUAGCGAUCGGUCGAGCAAAGAAAUGAACCCGAUAAUCUCACUUCAAGAAAUCGAUGCUGAAGAAAAUUACGUGCCGUUAACAUCAGUUGUGCAAGUUUUUAGAGAUCACAAUUGCUCUAACGAAGACUUAAAAACUGCAAAUGAAUUUAAUAACAAUAUGCAAAAAUCGACAGAACUAGUUGCGGAAAUCCCGACAUAUAAGCAAAAUAUAAAUGAAAAUUUUAGGGAGGCUGAUCAGCAGAAUGAACCAUUGUUCUACAAAGGGGCAACUAAUUUCAAAAUUGAACAACCAAGAGAUAAUACAAAUAAUGUAGGAUAUUAUUAUUAUUCGACUGAAACCAGUCCAAUCUCAACUGGAAAUACUAAUACUAGAGAGCACGACGGUAUAUCACGUUUAGUAGCUUCAACCCAAGAUCUUAUAUCAAACGAUGAUUUAUUAAGAAUCAAUCAUUCCGCUGAGAAACACGUUACUGAAAUUUAUGACGAUUAUAUCAAACCACGAUCUAGAUUUAAUUUAAAAAGUGAGGAGACACGUUACAUCGAAAACCCACGAAAUCAUAUAAAAGUGAAAGCAAAAAUAUCUAAUAUAGAAAACAGAGUAGUCGACUCCUCAAACAAUGAUGCAUCUGACAAAAUUCAGCAAGACAAUUAUGAAAGUGGUAAGUUUACAUCUCCUAUCGUUGUACAGGAAUUCAGUGAUGCCGAUUACAAAGAGCAGGUUUUAAAUACUUUAGUAUCGACUAUGACUCCAUAUAUAGAAAACGGAUAUGAGAUUGUAAAUAUAAAAAAGGACUCUAAAGGAAAUUAUACUAAAAUUUUCGUACCACAUUAUUUUAACGAGGAGAUAGUUUAUGUAACUCCAAGACCUAUAGGACAGAGAUACUUGGCACCUAUAACUGUAGCACUGAGAUUGCUCAAUUCCAAUCAUACUGAUUUAAAUUCUAUUGAUGAUCACGAUACUUCUGAUACUGAAAUCGUUGAGGAAACCGUGAAGAGUCCAUCCAAAGAAAGAACGAUCGUAGAGGUACAACAAUCGAUACCACUAGAUAUAACUCAUAUUAAUGAUGUUGAAGUACAUGAGUAUUUGGAAGAAGGCAGAAGUAAUUCAAAUCCGUUUGAUGUGGCAAAAACUUUGUAUAAUACUUACAAGAAAGUCCUACAAUUUACGAAGAAAAAUGAAGAAAAUAUAAACGAAGUUCUUAAUAAAUAUAAUAAUAAGGACAGUGGUGAAAAUUCUGAUUCAAAUUACGAUGAUGUUGAUCCAAGUGAUGAAAACAACCAGGAAACCAAAGAAAAACUAGAACCUAGUGAAAAUGUGCAAUCUGAGGUUCAGUUGAACAUCAACAGCGAUGACAUAAACAAUAAUGGAUACGAAAACGAAAAUUACUAUAGUAAACAAAAUGCUAAUGGUAGAGAAGCUAUUCAACCGGUAAUUAUAGAAAAAGAAGUGUCUGUCCCCCAAUAUCUAGACCACUAUAUAGAAAAGCAAGUGCCUGAUCGAAUGGAAGUUGUUAAACAAGUUCCCGUUGAUAGACCAGUCCCUGUUCCAGUGCCAUACGAAAAAGUUAUUGAGAAACCGGUUGAAGUUACGAAAUACAUAGAAAAGCCUUAUCCGGUCCAAGUGCCGCAACCUUAUCCAGUAGCAGUGAAGGUACCAUACCCCGUGGAACAGAAAGUGUACAUAGAUCGGCCAGUACAGAUACCGUAUCCAGUUGAAAAAUUAGUAGAAAAAGAAAUUAUCAAAACUGUUCCAGUUCCUACACCUGUAGCCGUACCAUUCAAAGUACAUGUUCCAGUCGAAAAACCAGUUCUAUAUCCAGUUCCGAUAGAAAAACCAAUACUCGUACCGAUUGAAAAACCAAUACCAGUCGAGAAAAUUGUUCAUAAAGAGGUUCCAGUUCCAUAUCCGGUAGAGAAGACAAUAUUGUAUCCUGUACCCUAUGAAAAAAAGGUUCAUGUGCCCUAUCCCGUGGAAAAACAAGUACCGUUUCCCGUUGAGAAAAUAGUAGAGAAACCUGUACCAGUGACUCAGGUCGUUGAAAAACCUGUACACGUGAAUGUACCCGUUCCUGUUCCAAUUCACAUAGUGAAACACUAUCCUGUAGACAGGAUAGUCGAGAAAAAAAUUCCCUACUUCUUUCCGGUCGAUAGAAUUGUACAGAAAAGGGUACCAGUAAAAGUCCCUUAUCCCGUGGAAAAAGUGGUUCAGAAACCGGUGGUGUUAACCAAAUACAUCGAUAGACCGUACCCAGUGGAAACAAAGGUUCCUCAUAUUGUUGAAAAGAUUAUUGAAAAAAAGCUACCGUAUGCGGUACAAAUUCCAUAUGCUGCUACGUCAUCAACCCAUGGAAAUAGUGAACAAGAGUCUCAAAAUCUACUUCAUUACCAUCAGUACCAUAGUCAAUCUAAACAAAAUCCAUAUCCUGUUCAAAACAUACAAGAUCAUCAAGCGCAACAAGGAUACCUCAACCAAUACUACCAAUAUUUAAAAGAAAGGCAGCAGACAUAUAGUGUACCAGUUCAAACAACGCAAUGGGGCAAGUUGUACGCGUCGUCAUUCAAAUACCUAAACGUAACGCCUGAAGACAAUAAUGAUACGAAGAAAAUAAACGACGUAACAUAUCUAACGGUCAAUGAAAACACUUAUUACGGCCCCCCACCGGUACAAUUUUAUGACAGUAUGUGGGAGAAAAACAAUAAUCAAAUUCUCGAAGCUAAGCUGAAAAGAAGUGAUAGAACGCCGAAAGUAACUAAUAUAAGAUUAGAAUAUGGUUUCAAACCUCCAUUAAUCCCCAGCACGGAAGUCGAUUUGGACGGGAGACCUAUAAACAAAGAAUCGGAAACUUAA